AUGGCGACGCUGGCUUACUCUCUGCUUCUGCUGCUGGCAAUGUUGACGGCACAGACGGUGGCCCAGGCUCUGGCAGACCCGCUCAGGAACUUCUGCAGGAGGUAUGGCCACCAGACUGCGGUGAUUGAUCGGAAGCUAUACAUCGACGGUGGCUGGCUAUAUGCAAAUCCCAUCUCGCAGAAUCCCAUCCCCACAAUGAACGAAGGCCUCCUGUAUUGCGACCUGAACGAGUCCUAUCAAGACAUGCCGCCCGAGUAUGCUAAUCUGACCAAGAACUCGACGGUCCCGGACGUGGCGGGAGGCACACUGUGGCAAGAUGAGGUCAACAAGGUCUUCUGGCUGUACGGCGGCGAGUUUGCAACAGCGCCGUCGGCAUUCCAACUCUGGGGCUACGAUGUCAUCUUGAACCAGUGGAAUCUGUCAUUGCCGAACUUGGGGUCGACCGCUCCCAUCCAGCGAGUGUCGUACGGCGCUGGCGUGGCCAGCAGUGACAUCGGCAUGGGCUUCUACUACGGAGGCUAUCUCAACAACCUGACCAACCCGCUCUGGACGGGGCCACCCAUGGCAACGAGUAACCUCAUCAUCUACGACAUGGACCAAAACACUCUUACCAACGUCACCGGCUACGACAAUGUCGGCCGAGCCGAGGGCAUCAUGGUGUACAUUCCCGCAUCCAUGUCUGGUCUGCUGGUGUAUUUCGGGGGAGUGAGCUUCCCGUAUGGCAAUGAGACUGAGGUCCCGGUAUGCUCAUUUCUUUCUCCGAAUACAGCAAAGUGGUACACCCAGACAGCCACUGGGACCAUCCCCGAGAUGCGUCGCAUGUUCUGCGGCGGUGCUACCUGGGCGGAUGACCAGUCCUCCUACAACAUCUACCUGUACGGCGGAUUUGGGUUUGGAGAGAACGUCACAGGCUUCGACGACGUCUACAUCUUGACCAUGCCGACCUUCGAAUGGAUCAAAUGGUAUCCCACGCAACCGGGCCCGGGCUCGCCGCACGGCUUGACUACCUGCAACGUCAUUGAGAGAGGGCAAAUGAUCGUCAUGGGCGGCAACUUUACCAACACGACAGCCUGCGACGUGCCCGCGAUCCAGGGCCAACAUAACCUCAACCUGGGCCAGUAUGACAGCACCGACGCCAUGUGGUAUCCGUACCUGCCCAAUCUCACGGAGUACUUGGUCCCGCCCGCGAUCUUGCAAGUUGCAGGUGGCACACCUGAAGGCGGAGCCAUCAACAACGCUCCCGCGACGGGCUGGAGCGACGAUCGACUGUCUGUUUAUUUUGGCGAGAAGGCUGUGUUCGCCUCGCGCACGCCGACGCGCACCCUGCCCACCGCGACAGCGACGCCAACGCCAACGCCGACCCACACACCGAGCAAGAAGACCGACACCGGAGCGAUCGUGGGCGGCGCCGUCGGUGGCGCUGCUGGACUAGUUCUCGCCCUCGCGAUGACGUGGCUCUGCGUGAGGAGGCACAAGCAGAAGAAGAACAACACCACCACCACCGAUCAAGCAGCAGGGGCCGUCCCACCACCAGCAGCAACAUCCAUCCCCGGCGCCGCGCAGCCAUUCACUCCCACCGCGCUGCAGCCGCAGUACGUGAUGAACGAGAAGCACUCGACGACACCAGUGGCAUCGCCGGGCUCAGAUCCCAGCCGCGUUGGCUCGCCCAGCGACCAGCAGCACUCGUCGCAGUACAGCACGCCGCCGCCGCAGCCAGCCUCCAUGCUCCCGCAUCCCGACUAUCCGAACUAUUACUACGCAGCGACGGGACCCAUACCGGGCCAGCACCAGCACCAACCGCCGACGCAGUAUUACCCCGGCGUGCAGCAUCAGCAGCACCACCAGCAAGGCGUGUACGCGUACCCGGCGGCGGCAGGGGGACAAGCGAUGGCAAGCGACGCCCCCAUGCCCUUCUACCCGCCGCCGCCAGAUCCGAUCCGCUCGCAGAGUCACGAGAUGCCGACGGUGCGCAGUCCCGAGGUCUUCGAGGUGCGCCAGCCUAAGCCGGUGAGGCCCGAAGGUCUCGAGCAGUGA